GGGGUGGGGCGGUGGGCGUGGCUUUUUGUGUUUUGGCGCGCCGUGGGAGGGGGGGGCGAUGGCGGCGCGCGCGGCGCUGUGCGCGGUGGGGUUGGCGCUGGCGGGGUACGCGCUGCACGUGGAGCGCGCGCACGAGAGGGACCCCACGUACCGGGCCAGCUGCGACCUCGGGCCCAGCGUCUCGUGCACGCGCGUGUUCGCCUCCAGGUGUGGUGACGUCGGUGACGUCGGUGGUGGCCUCGCUGUACCUGGCGCUGGUGUUGGCCUUCGGCCUCCGCGACCUCUGCCUCGUCUGCCUCAGCACCUACGCGGUCAACGCCGCGCUCCUCUUCCUCAACUACCGCCGCUGGCGGCGCUGCCAACGGCCCCCGGCCCUGAAACGGGAGUGACAAGAUGGCGGUGACAACAUGGCGGUGACAAGAUGGCGGUGUCUGUAUGGUGACAAUGUGGCAGUGACAACAUGGCGGUGACAACCUG